AUGCAAAGCUUCGAUGUCCAAGGUGCAAGCAAGGUCCACAUCGCAAUGCAGCCUCUCUUAGUCUACAAAUUUGACGGCGCCACCGCUCAAGAGGAAGUCAAGGCUCCGACCGGCAAGGCGCAAGUUAAGGAGUUCCACCUCGCUUUGAAGGGGAGUCAUCGCGGUAGCAAGACCAUUCAUGAAGAUGGCAAAAAGAAUGGUAUUGACGGCGGAGCCAACGGUUUGGUCAAGUAG